CGGCACUGAGACAGCCCUGGCACUGUUCUUUCAAAGUCCGCCCGCAACCUAUCAUGCAAGACUAUGAACGAAGAAUUUUAGUCGACUCAAUCCUUCGCAUCAGGACUCUAAGCAACAACCUACGCUCGCGCCUCGCUUCGGGAUAGAACGUUCAUACAGCAACAGCUUAUAGAACCCUUUCGGCUCAUUUCCGGUCAAGUAGGGCCGGUUAUUCAAGCCAUUUAUUCCAGAUUCAUGCAAAGUUCUUCCUGUCAUUACCUCAUCUUGGAACGAAGCUGCCAAGUCAUUGGUGGAUAUGAUUGGGCGGCUGCAGCAGAUGCGGCCAAGCCACCACACAUUCCUUGCGGCAGCUCUGAGCCUGGGAUCAGCCGCUCUAGCAUCACAUGAGCAGUUCCUGAUCAACACCGCUGCUGGCGAAAUCGGUGUUCGACCCUUGGAUGUCACCACUUUAAAUCCUAGCCAUGCUUACAGCAUCAGCUCCAAUAAUGAGCAGUGGAGGUUUGACAGAUGUCCUUACGAAAAUGCGACAAGGAACUUGAUCUUUGACACUGUCCAUUCAUUACUGCAGCACUGGCCAAAUACACGAUACCGUAAUGGACAUAAUAUAGUACCAGGAGUGAUUCCAAUUGGUACUUUGCUUUAUCACGGCACCAACGGCUCGCAGACGAUACCCAGCGAGCCCGAGUGGGCCGCUUUGGAUCCGGAGCAUUCAAUUUUUUUUGCUCGUGGAAAUGGGAGUGGCUGGCACCUCACGCUGGCAGCAACGCGACCUCUCAAAGUGUUGUACUUUGACGGAAGCAGUGCUGCCAAGCUUUCCGAAGGUACGAUGGACAUGCAGGAUAUCAUAGUCUGGGGCGAACCACGGCCUGAGCGAUUCUUUGAUGAAAGUGACCGAAUUCAAGGUCUCUGUAAGUGGGGUAAGGAGUUUGGAAUCGACGGUUUCGUGAGGAUGGAAAUGGACUUUGAAGUUAUGUUGUGUGAUUUCACGGCCGGCGUCGAGGUAGUAUCUUUCCUGCAUCUCCCCUUACCAAGGGACGACCGGUCAUUCCCUCCCCCUGCUUCAUUCGAUUCUAAGACUUGGAAUCGUACGUUCGAAGUCUUGCACUCUGGCUCGUGGCACAAUCACUACCCAGGAGAUUCUCGUAUUGUGUUGGACCUGACUGGUCUCAUUUCAUUGUAUGAUACGGUUUUGGCACCAUCUCUCAUCCCGGUUCGCGCGGGUCUUGAGCGCUGCGACCACCGCGUACUCGGAAUAUCAUCAGACGACAUAUCGCAGGUGAUGAGAAAGCUUAUCGAAAUUAUCAGUCGACCAGACCCGGUGGGCAGCGGCAUUGACUGGAAGACCCUCGCCCACGUUAUAGUCGAUCGAUACGCGGAUCGACUCGAGUUGAUGCAGCAUCUCCUCAAUUUUAGCUCAUCAGACUCGCAAGAACUCCUUCAUCGAGCGAAGCUCGCGCAGACCCAGCUCCGUGUUAUGCUUACACCAUAUAUAUCACAUUCUACUGUCGUCCCCAGCGAGGUCACUUCAGGCGUAGAUGCAUCGCAAUGGGCAUCCCCAAUUUUCAGGCUAUGCGCCACAACACACACUUCCGGAAUGAUAAACCGAAUACCCUCAAUGACGUCUUCGGAACGUCUUCUGCUGACAGCCGUCGAGGACACAACGAAAGAAAUCUGCCGUGUCACUACGAGAAUGUGGGCUGGUGGUGUCAUGAGCGGGCUCGACACCCUUUUUCACGUGGAACAUGAUGGGGAGCAUGAAGUCACUCGAUUGAUGAAUGAUUGGAGACACGAGAUCCAAAAACUGAUGUCUUGGUUAGACUGGAGUGUAUGGAUCAAAUGCCGACCUGCCUGCGGCCCAGAGGAAAUGUGCUAUCUCCCUACUUGGGAUGGCCCCUUACCAACACACUCACCUCCUCAGAACCUCCCGAGUGUCCCGAAAGCAAGGUAUUUUGCUGAUCGAGUCGGACCUCCACCCGAGCGUCAAGCAUUCCAUGCCACGCCAGAGGAAGAUCUGAAGAAUCCUCAGCCAAGGUGCAUUAGGCGCCUCCAGCCGUACGACUUCUGAUCGUAACGAGCCUUCACAUCGUUCUUGCAGUUGUGAGUCAUCUGGAUAUACACUUUUUGAUAGUUAUGGGUUUGAGGAGGUUCACGAAUGUGUAUUGCCACUGCUGGAGUUUCAACAUUGGAAAUACAACGCAUAAUGACUCUGAGUAAUGUAGGCAGCGAGGAUCCAGGAGACUCGUCGAAGGACAGGUGGGGCAGAGCAGAAGGCAGCCGGCUGGAGUGUGGCUAGAGGAUACAUAAAACUAUAGUCAGAGCUGAGAGCGCGCGCUGGUACAGAGACAACAGAGGUCACGUGUGGCGGUAGCGGCCGCUGGCACAAUUUGCAAAGUCCU